AUGAUCAAGGGGAUUCUUAUUGUAAACAACCACGGCAAGCCGCGUAUUGUCAAGUUCUAUGAGCAUGUGCCUGAUGCUGAGCAACAAGCGGUGAUCCGAGAUAUCUAUACCCAAGUGUCCAAGCGUCCCGAUACGCUCUGCAAUUUCCUUGAGGGCACUGUACGGUAUUGGGGCAGUGGUGUGAAGCUCAUUUACCGACACUAUGCGACUCUGUACUUUGUCUUUGCAGUGGACAAGCAGGAAAGUGAUCUGGGUAUCUUGGACCUCAUUCAAGUGUUUGUAGAGACACUGGACAAGAUCUUUGAGAACGUGUGCGAGCUGGACCUGAUUUUCCACAGCGACAAGGUCCAUUAUGCUCUAGACGAGAUCGUAAUGGGUGGAAUGGUACUGGAAACCAACAUUAACGAGGUGCUGACGGCUGUGAACGAGAUGAACCGCAAGGACAACAUGUCGUCCAGACGUUCGCUGCAAUCAACCAUUAAGAAAUAA